UUUAAACCUUACUUUACAAUACUCAAUUAAGUAUGAAAUAACACAUUAUUAACACAUAUCAAGAUUUAAGGUGGAGUUAUAAUCAUGUACGCGUGUUGUGUACCUGCGGUUUCAGAAAGUGGAAUCCCAUAACAGAGAGUGUAAGACAGAGAAUAAGAGAUAUAGACGAUAGUGAAUAUAAGUCAUAUUGUUAUUAAACUUUAAAGAAAUAAUAACGGAUUACUUAUAAAAGGAUAUUCUGCAACCAGAAUAAGGAUGAAUUUACGUAAAUCACAUCUGAAUAUUGGGUUCGUUUUACUUGCCGUACUUUUUCUCCAUACAGUAGAAAGCGAGAAUUUUUACUAUCGACCCGUCGACGAACGUUGUAUCCAUGACUGCAACAUCUUGAAUAAGAUCCCCAACGUGACGUUUUCUUGUGACGGACACAAUAAAAGCUGUGACUGGCAGUGCGCAUCCCAACGUAUGGGAUGCGACGAGGGCUUGGCAUAUCACUGUGCAAAAGACUUUCAUAAUUAUGAAAUUCAACUUGAUCUCAACGAAAUUGAAUACAAACAGGCAUGCGCGCCGGAGAGAUUUUGCAAAGCAGGAGAGGAGCCAUAUGUGACGUUUUCCUAUGAUGAUAUGGUGCGGUCACUUAGAAACGCUAAAAUCAACUGCGUUCACUGCACGGACCAAAACUUUUAUAACAGCCAAGUUGGAAGGUCUUCUGCCUCAUAUAGCCGAUGCUUUGAUGAGAAAUUCAACAAAUGUAUCCCUGAAGACAACAAAAUUGACUGCGGAAUUUCUUGGCGUGAACGUAAGGACACCGAUGGAUAUUGCCGGUGUGAUGCCAGGAACGGUUACGCGCCGGAAAACGAGGCCGUGAAAACGAAGUGCUUCUACAGUAACGAGUUGUGUGUCCCUAAAACCUGUCCACAACCAUCACAGGAGCUACUUUUAAAUUACACGUGUGCUGACAAAUGUCCAUCAGGUAUGCAGAGGACCGAGGAAGCGGAUGAGUGUGUCUCGGAAUCCGUCCAAACUAAGAGUGAAACAGUCACAUCGACAAAGAGAACAGCUGAAUCAAUGCCCAAGGAGAUAGAAAAGGGAAUCGCUGCUGGUCUCACAACAGUAGCUCAAACAGAAUAUCCCAAUGCAGAGCACGAAGAAAUUGAUACAGAUAGAUUCAGCACAACACAGAUCAUCAUCAUCAUCGUAUUCAUGUCUGUUAUAGUCAUUGCAUGUGUAUGUGUUGCUGUGUAUUGUUGGUUUAAUGGUAAACAAAAAGUACACAACUAUUUUAAUACGACGCACAUAGCCGGCCACAAUAUAGUGAGUAAAGGCAAGAACUACCACAAUCAAUUUGGUUCGGUUUCACAGGAAUCAACAGAAAGUGCAGUGGAAACCGAGGAAUCUUGCAGUUUUGUUCAGCCUUCACAAAAGGCAAGAACCGACUUUGAUAUUGAAGAUACUGAUGGCCUUCAGGAACAUUCGUCAUUGCUCCCAAACAAACAACAUGGAGAAACAUCGCUUGACAACACCACUACUGUUACCAUUGAGACCGCAAACGAAAUUUCUGAUGCCAGUUCCGGCUCAAACAAUUACCAUUGUGAUAUUCCUGUGGCAGAGGCUUGUAACACACCAGAUGAUGAAUCAGUUCCUCGUCAACCGAUGAUUGAAGAAAACAUCCAGGAAAAUAAGCUUAAAUCAAAGAAGAAUAAUGUUCAUCCGGCCCCCGUUGUUUAUUCAAAGGGAGCUAUACUUUGCCAAAUCGAGACGAUGAAGCAAAUGCCUCAACGUGCUGAGAGUGAAACUGACAUCAAAAAAGUGUGUGGUAGCAUAUAAAAAACAUAAGUUAUUCAAAUAAGCACAAUGUGACAUGUUCGAUUUAUUUCAUUUGAUAAACAAAGCGGUUGAUGGACGUAAAAUACGUCUCUGACAACACGUAUUAGUAUUAUGCUCAACGUUGUUAAUUUUGCUCAGACGGAUUAAAACUAUUCUGUGAAAAGACAAACUUGCCAGCACUUACUUGGACGAAAUAUUUCACCUGAAAACGCGAGAAAAUCAUUAUCUAUCUUUAAUUUGAGAUGAUGAGUUAAUAAAAUCAUUUGUCUCCCUAAUUUAAACUUAAAAGUUAGUCAUUUUGAUAUACUUUCUGUUCAUGUUGUCUACUGAUCCUAGUCUCACUUUUUUGAAUCUCACGUUUUCCGAUGUGAACAUAGUCAUAUUAUACCUACGGGUAGAAUAGAAUACAAGUUUAUUUAUGCUACUUUAUUUAACAGCCAGUUCUUGUUUUGCCAAGACAUUAUUUUUAUAAUAAGAUUAACUAAGUUGAAGUUCAUGUCAAAGUUCUGUGGAUGUUUAAAACAACCAUAUAUUUAGGGUAUAUUUAUUGUUACAGAUUGUUAUGUACGUACAUGACUUUUUAUUACAUGAUGUUGCUUUUGUUAAGUGUAAUACAAACAUUACGUUUUAAAAACACCAAAUAGCCAGCACUUUUUUUGAAGAAAUAUCUCGCCUGCAAAGGCGAAGAAAGUUUAAUCUUUUCAUAAAUGCGUGUUCAAAUCUAUAAGGUACGAUAUUUUCAAUUUAAAGUACUGAUACAUAACGAUAUAUUUUAUGCUCAUGUUGUCUUCUAAUCAAAGUCACACUCGUUUUGCGUGCUUUCUGUUUUAAACAUAGUCUCAUUGUACGUUUAGGUAAGGUACAAUAUCUCUUGCAUGUUUUACUAAUGUUGAUGUUGUGCUGAAAAGGGUUGCUAUUUGAAUGGUUGACUACUGGGAUUGCCUUCCUAGUUUGAAUUGUAUUAUUGAUUAUGUGGCUUUGUUUUUAUAGUCACAAGGUUUUCUUACGCUACGGCAUUGUUUUAUAAUUAAUUCAACUGAGUUGAAAUUGUUGCUUGUGAAUAUUAAAAACACCCAGGUGUGA